UGGUUCGGCCGAGGACCAGAUGGCAUUCAUCCUUCAAUUCCAGUCCAAUUCCAGGUGACCAUACAUAUAUUAGACUAGUAGCUCGAGAUCAAUCAGCUCGUCGUCGCCUUGUUGCAGCACGGCGCCAUCCCUCGACCCGCGAUGAUGAACCUACUGGAGGGCCAGGAGAUGCAGGUGAAUCCGGACCAAACGCUGGUGCCCCUAGGUGCAACAAUUAUUCCGGAGCACUAUCCCCCGAGCUACCAGUCGAAAACCCCAUCAUUGUCAAUCUCUCCAUCGUCACCUUCAGCCGUCUCGGAACUGUGCGAAUCUGCAGCUCCAAAUCCAGCCGACAGCGAUUAUCUUUGCGCCCGCGAGUCUGACGCCUGCACUCUCUGCCCAGAUGACCUGAAGCUCUUGGCAAAUUGGUGUUCCACCACUUGUCGAUCCCUCACUCCAGAUGGCAAAAACGUCUCCUUCUGGAGAAGCGUCAUUGUCCGAGACGCAAUGUACGAUUCCGCAUUGCGACAGAGCAUGCUUGCCUUGUCAGCCCUUCACUUAGCCCACCGCAGUGACGACGACAGCCUGCAGCGACACGACUUCCAGAGUGCGGCAUACCAGCAUUGGGCCCUAGCGCGCGCUGGCCUGGACGACGCCCUCUGCCAGCAUGCCUUGGACCUUCCCGAAAGCUGCCACCCAAUGUUUGCGCUUUGCAGCAUCUUGGUGGUCCUCGCCUUUGGACAUACACGACUGCAAUCAUCGAUAUCACCCCCAUCCGCUCUGGAUGACCUGUGCCAGAUCUUUCAACAGAUCCGGGGGUCGCCAGAAGUUCUGAUUGUCCUUAUCGAUCGAGUUCGAGAGGGAGAGAUGGCCUCGCUAGUCAGCCAGGACGAAUCCGGGCCACCGAUGCCCAACACAUCCGCAUUGGCCAUCCACACCCUGAGACAGCUCAAUGCGGAGCACGAAGAUGAAGAUCCGGAAUUGCACGCGAUAUACGCUCAAGCCAUCGACGACCUGGUAUGCUGCUUGCGCUAUGUGGCAUGGGGCAGCAAUCCCGGAAUGGUUGGCCUUUCGUGGAUUCUGGAGAUCCCUGAAGAGUUUUUAGAUCUGGUUGUCGAGCGCCAGCCAUUGGCGUUGAGCAUCCUGGCGCAUUACUGCGUGGUGUUGUACCACCUGCGGAAACAGUGGUGGAUGGGCAACCGAGGCAUUCAGGCCCUGCAAGAAAUCUGCGAAACCCUGGGACGCGACCGGAUAUCCACCAUUCAUUGGGCGUUGGAUUCGACGGGAAUUAGCCUCACCGGAGAUUUUAUUUGAUCUAGAUGCAUUGUUGAGAUGUCUAUGAUCUGCUCGCACUUGCAGUACGCCAUUCCAGUCAGUUAGUCAGUCAGCCACUUGGCUCAUUAUUGGACUGGUUCUGCUUGACAAUGACUCCGGCCGACAGUCUGUUCAUCCCGUCACGACAGGUGAACCAUGGCCUCGCGUGCCUCAGACACUUGGGUGACUGCGACCGCUCUUUACCGAUCGAGGGCUUCCCCUCAGGGCAGCCUAGUCAUCUAGAUGAUCAUCAUCCUCGAUCGACACGGGAUCUCCACCGACUGCAAAUCAUACGGUCUCUACUCAAAGGGAGCCGAAGCAGGAUGAAGGUGCCAGAGACCUCCAACGCCAGUGUCCGUGCCUUCCUGAUAUAUAUCCUACAACUGAUAUUUCGUGCCCGGGUCUCGCAACAUCCGAG